AUGUCGUCGAUGCGAGGUCUCGUUCAGUUCAUUGCCGACCUCCGAAAUGCUCGCGCCCGGGAACUGGAGGAAAAACGCAUCAACAAAGAGCUGGCCAACAUUCGACAGAAAUUCAAGAACGAGAAAUUGGAUGGCUAUCAGAAAAAGAAAUACGUGUGCAAGUUGCUGUACAUCUAUAUCCAAGGAUACAAUGUCGACUUCGGACACCUUGAGGCGGUCAACCUCAUCUCCGCCACCAAGUAUUCCGAAAAACAGAUCGGGUACCUCGCAGUGACCCUGUUCCUGCACGAGCAACAUGAACUCCUGCACUUGGUGGUCAACAGCAUCCGGAAGGAUUUGCUGGAUCAUAAUGAACUAAACAAUUGCCUCGCGUUGCAUGCGGUUGCCAACGUCGGCGGGAGGGAAAUGGGUGAGGCCUUGAGUGCCGAUGUCCAUCGGCUUCUAAUAUCUCCUACAUCCAAGUCCUUUGUGAAGAAGAAAGCAGCCCUGACGCUCUUGCGCCUCUAUCGAAAAUACCCUGGCAUCCUCCAGCCGGAGUGGGCGGAGAGAAUAAUAUCACUGAUGGAUGAUCCCGACAUGGGAGUCGUUCUAUCUGUCACCUCUCUCAUCAUGGCUCUGACUCAGGACCACCCGGACGCCUACAAGGGUAGUUAUGUCAAGGCUGCCCAGAGGCUGCAUAAGGUCGUCAUCGAGAAUGACGUUUCCCCAGACUAUUUGUACUACAAGGUGCCGUGCCCGUGGAUUCAGGUCAAGUUUCUGAAGCUACUCCAAUAUUAUCCACCCUCAGAGGACUCGCGUGUUCGCGACAUCAUCCGCGAAUCGCUCCAGGCGAUCAUGCAAGCCGCAACGGAGACCCCGAAAAAUGUACAACAAAAUAAUGCCCAGAACGCGGUUCUUUUCGAGGCCAUCAAUCUACUGAUUCAUCUCGACACCGAGCAUCAGCUUAUGCUGCAGAUAUCCUCCAAACUCGGCAGAUUUAUCCAAUCGCGUGAGACAAACAUACGUUAUCUGGGACUAGAUGCGAUGACCCAUCUUGCUGCCAGAACCGAUACGCUCGACCCCAUUAAACGCCAUCAGAACAUCAUCAUCGGGUCUUUGCGAGAUCGCGACAUCAGUGUGCGGAGAAAAGGAUUGGACCUGCUCUACAGCAUGUGCGACACUUCGAAUGCUCAGCCCAUUGUGAAUGAGCUUUUGAAGUACCUCCAGACAGCUGACUUUUCCAUACGAGAAGAGAUGACACUGAAGAUUGCCAUUCUGACCGAAAAGUAUGCCACCGACGCGCAAUGGUAUAUCGACAUUUCUCUGAGAUUGCUUGCCAUGGCGGGGGAUCAUGUCAGUGAUGAAGUGUGGCAACGGGUUGUCCAGAUUGUGACCAACAAUGAGGAGCUGCAAGCCUAUGCGGCGCAACACAUCUUUGACUAUCUGAAGACGGAGAAUUGCCAUGAUAGUCUCGUCAAGAUCGGCGGAUACAUCCUGGGAGAAUUCGGGCAUCUGAUUGCCGACAACAAAGGAUCCAGUCCAAUCGAGCAGUUGAUGCUGCUGCAGACAAAGAUGAUCUCCGCGCCAGACCCGACGAGAGCACUGUUGCUGUCGACAUUCAUCAAAUUUGUCAAUCUUUUCCCCGAGAUCAAGCCGCAGCUGCUGCAAAUGUUCCACUUCUACAGUCAUUCCCCGGAUUCGGAGCUGCAACAGCGCGCUUGCGAAUACCUGACCAUCACCACGCUACCCACCGACGAUCUACUCCGAACUAUAUGUGACGAGAUGCCUCCAUUCUCUGAACGGGCAUCGAUCCUGCUUCAGAGACUGCAUAAGAAGAGUGCGGGAUUGAGCGAGCGAAGAACCUGGGUCGUUGGAGGCAAGGACGCCAAUACCGACAAGCAAGAGGUUCUCCUUGCGCAACAACCGACUGGGUUGAAACGGUCAUUUACGACUAUUGUCAAUGGUGGCACGGGCACAGUUGACACAAACGGGACGGGAUCAAGGAAUGCCAGCGGUGUACAAAACGGUGGUCACGGCAGUGCGUCGAAAGACCUCGAGGGCUUAGACAUGAACGGACAUACCACCGACACUACAGCUUUCAAUCUUGCCAGUACAGCACACUUGUCUCCAGACUGGGAGAUUGGGUAUGAGCAAAUGUAUUUUGGCAACAACGGCAUUCUGUACGAGGACCCUCAAAUUCAAGUUGGCCUCCGCGCAGAGUACCGCGGCCACCUCGGCGUGGUCAAGCUGUACUUCGCCAACAAAGCCUUGUUUCCCAUCGGGUCCUUCACGACGACCAUCGACAACAAAUCGGCGCCGAAUUUGAGAAUCGAUACAAAAACUCUCCCGGACUCCAAAGUCGAUGCCGACUCGCAGGUCCAGCAAACCAUAGUCUGUACGUCGGUGGCACCGUUCUCUGAACCUCCCACCAUUCGAAUCUCAUACCUCGCCGGCGCCCUGCAGGGGUAUACGCUGAAACUGCCGAUCCUGCCGCACCGGUUCAUGGACCCGUCGGAGUUGUCGGCCGAAGAUUUCUUCAAACGAUGGCGACAAAUCGGGGCGGGACCCUUGGAGGCACAGAGCACGUUCAGCGUGCGGACGCCGACCACGCCAAUGAGUGAUGCGUAUAUCCGGGACACCGUGGAAGGAUUUCGCUGGCGGAUUUUGGACACGGUCGACCCGAACCCGAGAAACAUUGUCGGCUGUGCGGUGCUCCAGCUGGAGAAGGGCAAGACGGGGUGUUUGUUGAGGCUGGAGCCGAAUCAACAGCAGAAAAUGUUCCGUUUGACCAUUCGGGCAACGCAGGAGAAAAUCCCCGGGAUCUUACUGAAUAUGAUGCAAGAGCGGUUGGCCAAGGGACCAUGA